UGUAGCUGACAACUCUCCGAAGAGCAGCAUCAUCACAUGUAACAAUACAUAGACGAUUUGAUAGUCAAACGUUGGUUUCUUGAUCAUGCAGUUCCCUGCGCCCGACCUGGUUUCUUCCCAUCGUCUGCUUCUGAUAACAGAUCAACUUCCAGCUCCAGCUGACUUUUUACUGCAUCGAUUCCUUCACUUGCACCUGAAGCAAAGCAAAACUGCAAAAUGUAUUGUUCUCGCUGUAUCCGAAAGCCUCGAGCGCUGGAAAUCAGUAGCUUCAAAGGCCAACACCAAUGUAGCCCAUAGCGAAUCUUUUCAAUUCAUAGAUGUUUUCGACCAGCAUCCACCAUCACAAAAUCGUGGAGAGGGACAUACGAAUAAAAUCUCUCUAAAGUACAUCUACGAUCUACUAUCAGUCAAGUUGUCAGACUCUCGAACCAAUGGUCAAAUCCCACUCGUAAUCCUGGAUGACAUCACAUCGCUGGAAUGGCUCGGAGUUUCGCUGCUUGACCUGUCCCGGUUUGCUCGUGCUCUAAGGACCCUCUGCGUCAAGAUGGACGCAGCAUUAGUCGUCAGACAUCACAUCGUUACUCCACCAGAGCCAGAUGCACUCUUGCAGCACUUGCUUCAGCUAUGCACCUAUCACAUCGAGGUCAGGCCUUUAGCCAGUGGGCGAAGCGGUGCAGUGAGCGGAGAGAUAUGCGUGCACCUAGGGCCUAGCAUGAAAGAUACGAAUGAACAUGUCAUAUCUCGUACGUCGGCGCUGCAAUAUCGUUUGACGGAGUCAAGUGCUGUGUUCUUCGAUAAGGGUACAAGUACAGGAGUUCUGUAAACGUUGUGACAUGAUGGUAUGCGCGAUUAAUGAGGUCGCAGCAUACUUGUCGAAGCUGUGGGGACAAAGAGGCGGUGUGCGUAGGCACUUCUGAGAAUGAGAACGCCAAUACAGAAAGAUUCACCAUAGGUUGAAGAAAAGUACAGCGUACGCUUACUACAUAUACUCUUUGAAUAAUCCGUGUCCAGCUUACCAAUUCAACUA